AUGGCGCUCAAAUUCCUGAGUGCUCAUACCCCUCAUUCGGGUUCGAGCAGCAGUGUCAAGUACUUCGACAUCCGGCUCGACAAUGACUACAUUGUGUUCCGCGGCAGCGAGGACGAGGCUGCCAGUGCCCAUCUCGCCGGCUCUCUGGUGCUGUGUCUCACGGAGCCCAUGACGAUCCACCACGUCGACCUGACAUUGAGUGGAAUUGUGCAUAUGUCAUGGCAGACCACCUCGACAUCCUCCAUGUCCGGGAGACGCACUUCUUACAAGGAGAAGACAUUCUUCGAGAAGAGCUGGACGUUCCGAGAUGCGGGCAAGGGAAAGACCGAAGUGCUGCAGCCGGACAACUAUGAGUGGCCCUUUAGCACCAUCCUGGAAGGGUCGUUACCGGAGAGCGUCGAGGGCCUGAAAGAUGCGUGGAUCAUAUACCGGUUGAAGGCCGAGAUCAGCCGGAAGAGGGGGAGGGACAUCGUCAUUCGGAAACCCCUCCGUGUGGUCCGCACCCUCGACUCGAGUGCGCUGGAACUGUCUCACGCUAUGUCUGUCGAGAACAUCUGGCCGAACAAGAUCGAGUACUCCAUCAGCAUUCCGAACAAGGCCGUCGCCUUUGGUUCCUUCGUGCAAGUUGACUUCAAACUGAUCUCGCUGCUCAAAGGGUUGGUGAUCGGCAACGUUUCGACCCAGAUCAAAGAAGAGCAAGAGUUUGCCGUCGACCCAGAAUGGGCCGUAUCGGCCCUGAACAACGGAGUGACCAAGUCCGACCGGAUCAUUGGGACAGACCUCUACAAGGUCGAUGCCACGCUGGACGAACAGGUCAUCGAUGAGGUUGCCGAAGGAUACCAAUUCUCCCGAUAUCUCGAACUGCCCAAGUCGCUGAAUCAAUGCUUGCAGGACUGCAACGUCAAAGGCAUCAAGAUCCGGCACAAGGUGAAAUUCAACGUCCAGCUGCACAACCCGGACGGCCACAUCUCCGAACUACGAGCCAAUCUCCCCAUCUCCCUCUACAUUUCACCGAGUCUACCCAUCAACGAAAACAACGACCUUGUCGACCAAACACCUCAAGCGGGACGGGCGGCCAUCGCGAAUGAUCUGGCCAAUGCAGCCCCGCCGGUCUAUGGCCAACAUACUCUUGACGUUCUCUAUUCUGACGUGACUGGUUAUCGGACUCCCGGAACCGCCCUUUCGACUCCGGGCACGCCGUACUUACACAGCCGUCAUGCGUCGUCGGAAAAUCUCGCGAGUCUCGCGGCGAUGGCAAACGGAAACUACGUGUCUCCCGCCGCUCUGCAAACAAGGCUUCAAAAUCUGCGGGUACGGGAUUCGUCCAUUCAAGAUCUGCGAGGGUACGAAGAUAGCGAGAUCCAAAGCCUUGGACUGCCCGCCGAAGUACGUUCUAGGAGAAACUCAGCAUCCGGCGCAAAUACAGACGAUUACUUCCAACCUCACGAUGCCUCGAACGGAAGCACGCAUCCUCGCAUCAGUCCGGCCGAAGCAGGAAUAAAUUCAGGCAAUGUUUCCCAUACACCCAGUUACCCACCCAGCAAUCUCAUGUCACGACGAACAUCUGAGGAAGAGGACGGCCAGAUGUCAGGCGCCCGGACGCCGUUCCCUCAAUAUGACCACAUGGAAGACCUGGCCAGGGUGCCAUCAUAUUCGACCGCAGUCAAAACACCGGCGCCCAGACAACUAUCAGAUCAAUCUAUAUCUCUGCCAUCCUAUGGGGCAGCGGUGACAGUUCCCAGUCCGCCGGCGCUCGCGGAACCGCCGACAGCGCACAUUCGUACAUCGCCCAGGCUACCGGGCAGGAUCACGGUGAGCUCACAAUCACCGGACUCGCCCAUCAACGGGGUGCCCAGGGGUUCGCUUUCUCACCCCAGUGUCAACUCCAUCCAGGAUGAGGAGAGGAGGUUACGAAUGAUGCAGAUGCGAGGCCGAUGA